GCAGCAGCAGAAACUCUUCCACACAGGCUCUUCUUCACUUCUUCCUUUUCUUUUGUUACCGCUGUCCGCCAGCAGCCCCUCGCGCCAUGGCACCGCACCGGUACACCCAUAGCAGCUCCUCCGCCGUGAAGAGCGAGCCCGCCGUGGGAGCCGCACCGCCCGGGCACUACGGAGAACCACACAAGUUUGAUCCUUCCUUCCGAGGUCCAGUCCGCAGAAGAAGCUGCACUGAUAUCCUGUGUUGUUUGAUCUUCAUCAUUGCCAUCCUCUCAUAUGUGGCCCUGGGAAUAGUGGCCUGGUUACAUGGGGAUCCCAGGAAGGUGCUCCACCCAACCAACAGCUAUGGCCAGUUCUGUGGUCAGAAGGGGACUCCCAAUGAGAAGAAACCUAUCCUUUUCUACUUCAACAUCUUGAAAUGUGCCAACCCAUCCAUACUCAUCAACCUGCAGUGCCCCACAACUCAGAUGUGUGUUUCAAAGUGCCCUGACAGGUUUGCCACAUACACUGAGAUGCAGAUACAACACACACUCAGCCAGAGCUACUGGGAAUAUUACAGAGACUUCUGUAAGCCUGGCUUUAACAACCCUAACAAGCCGGUCUCUCAGGUGCUACGAGACGAGGACUGCCCCUCCAUGCUCAUCCCCAGUAAACCAUUCCUCCAGAGAUGUCUCCCUGACUUCACCUCUCGGAAUGGGACUGUGACUGUGGCUAACAGGACCAGCUUUAAAGAUGCUCUGGAAACGGCCCGCAGUGUCACUGAACUCCAACAUGCUGCCAAGGGUAUAACUGGACUGGUGGACACCAAGGAGCUGGGUAUGAAGAUAGUGGAAGAUUAUGCCAAGACAUGGGCAUGGAUACUCAUAGGUCUGCUCUUAUCCCUGGCUGUGAGUCUGCUCUUCAUCCUGCUGCUGAGGUUCACCGCAGGCCUGCUGUUGUGGACCACCAUCAUCACUUUCGUACUGCUGCUGGCUUACGGUAUGUGGUACUGCUCCAUGCAGUUGUCCAGGCUGAGAAACACACCUGGCUCUGAUGUUGCCAUAUUAGCAGUGGGUAUGCAGACUGACCUGCAGGUCUACCUGCAGCUCUCUCAGACAUGGAUCAUUUUAUUGGUGUCUCUGGCAGUGACAGAAGCGUCCAUCCUGUUGAUGUUGAUCUUCUUACGGAGAAGAGUGCAAGUGGCCGUCGCCCUGCUCCGAGAGGCCAGCAAAGCCAUCGGUUACAUCAUGUCCACGCUCUUCUUUCCAGUCCUCACCUUCCUCCUGCUGACUGUCUGCAUCUCGUACUGGGCCGUCACUGCAGUUUACCUGGCCUCCUCAGGGGAAGCAGUCUACAGAGUCAUGUCACCUGAUGUCAGCUGUCAGUAUGCCAACAGCACCUGCAAACCUGAGAGCUUCAACAGAAGCAACAUCUCCACGUCAGCCUCGUGUCAGGGCUCUCGCUGUCUGUUCGCCUUCUACGGGGGGGAGACUUCCUACCACCGCCACCUCUUCCUGCUGCAGCUGUCCAACCUGCUGCUCUGCCUCUGGCUCGUCAACUUCAGCCUGGCCCUGGAACAGUGCAGCCUGGCCGGGGCCUUCGCCAGCUACUACUGGGCCAGGAGGAAGCCUCAGGACAUCCCCCCAUGUCCCCUCUUCUCCUCGUUUAGCAGGGCCCUCAGGUAUCACACCGGCUCUCUGGCCUUUGGAGCUCUAAUUCUGUCCGUUGCACAGCUGGUACGGAUCAUUCUGGAAUAUGUGGAGCAGAGACUCAAAGGUGUUAACAACGUUGUGUCCAGGUUCCUCCUGCGCUGUCUGCAGUGCUGCUUCUGGUGUCUGGAGAAGUUCAUCCGCUACAUGAACCGUAAUGCUUACAUCAUGGUGGCCAUCUAUGGGAAGAACUUCUGUACUUCUGCUAGAGAAGCCUUCCUCCUGCUCAUGAGGAACGUGGUGAGGACUGCAGUUCUGGACAGAGUGACGGACUUCCUGUUGUUCCUGGGUAAAGUACUGAUAGCAGGAGGAGUUGGUGUGGUGGCAUUCUUCCUCUUCACUAAGAAGAUCCCUGUUUUCCAGGAGGAAGUGCCCAGUCUCAACUACUACUGGGUCCCCCUGCUGACGGUGGUGCUCGGUGCCUUCCUGAUCGCUCAUGCUUUCUUCAGCGUCUACGCCAUGUGUGUGGACACACUCUUCCUCUGCUUCUGUGAUGACCUGGAGAGGCAUGAUGGUAGCUCAGGAAAACCAUUCCUCAUGUCCCCAGAGCUGCACAGGAUUCUGGGAAAAUCCUCUCAGUCUCGUUGAUAGGCAGUCCUCCUGACCCGCAUCAGAAACGUCCACACAAUGAGAGACAGAGACGUCCUCACAAAGGAACAUCAACAGAGAGACGCCCCCUCACAGGGAGUCGUCCCCUCACUAAGACACAUCCGCAGAGAGACGUCCCCACACAAAGACAGACACCUUAACAGACAUUAACAGAGAUGUCCCACACUGAGAGACAUUCAAACACACAGAGACGUCCAACACAGAAACAGACUGACGUCCCUACACUAAGAGUGGUCCCCGCACUGAGAGACAUCAAAAGAGAGACAUCGACAAAGAGACGACCCAACCCAGAGAGACGUCCCGACACAGAGAGACAUUCCCACACAGAGAGACAUCAAAAAAGAGACGCCCCACACUAAGAGAUGUCCCACACUGAGAGACGUCCCACAAUGAGUGACGUCCCCACACAGGGAGUCGUCCACUCACUAAGACACAUCCACAGACAGACGUCCCCACACAGAGGCCCGUCCCCACACAGAGAGACUUCCCCACACAGGGAGUCGUCCUCACACAGACAGACGUCCACUCACUAAGACACAUCACAGACAGACGUCCCCACACAGAGAGACUUCCCCACACAGAGAGACGUCCCCACACAGGGACGUCAAAAGGGAGACAUCGACAGAGAGACGUCCCAACACAGAGAGAGGGACAUAGACGUGGCUGCUGCAGUUCUCUUCUGCUGAACAUGCAGGGACAAAGCAGGAUGAUACUGACUGAAAUAUGACACGUGAGGAGUGAGUUUAAGGUCAAAAACAGAUGGAAGUUCUUCAGGUAUUGUGCUGUAUAUCACUCUCUGCACUCACUUCUUUGCUGUGCUAAAGUCGGCCAUUGUUGUUCUGGGGUCAUAUCGAAGCCUCAAAGGAGGAGAUGACGUUGCUUUGCAUGAGCCUUACUUUGUAUUUAAGAUGUGUUUACUAAGGCCUUCUAUGAACUACCUUUUUACAAGGUGUGUGUCUGAAUGUUCAAACAGUAACUGUAACGUUGUUCACUCAUGUGAUACCUGUUAUAAAUGAAUAACAUCUACUUCUGACCUGUUUGGAAAACACCAUUCAAAGCCAGGAGCUCAUCAGGACUUAUUCUGGGGUUCCUCUUCGCUCCACUUUCUGAUAACAGUAAAGUGAUGAUUACACAAACAACUCCGAACUGCAAUAUUCCACGUCAGACGUUUGCUAUGUAAAACCACGGUUUAUAAAUCCUUCAUUUUUUAUGAAAUGGUUACAUUUUUGUAUUUGUAGUGUUCUUUUGUUUGUUUUUCAGGGGGGGGAUAUUUGAAUAAAAUCAAAUGUUCAUA